UAAAAAUAUAUAACUGACAUACUACACACUGAUGAUAGUGAGUUUCUCUCGAGCAUAAUCAUAAUUAACCAUAAUAGUUCUGGUUCCUUAAUCUCUUCAGUGACUAUGACUCUUCAUAUUUUGUACUUCAGAUUUCUUCCUCUAUUUUUAUUUUAAUGCGUUUUUGUAGCAUGCGAUUUAAAGAAAACAUACGUACAAAAAUACAAAGAAACCCUCAUAUUACAAAAAAAAUAAUAGUAAGUAAAAUGUUAUUAUGCACACUAACAAUGUGUUAAGUCAUAUUACUUUUGGUGGCAGUUACAUCUGUAUCAAAUCUGAUCACAAUUUUUUAAAAUCACAUCUAAUUAUCUGUAUUCUCCACAUUCCAAAUAUAUUUUUGUAGGUAUUCAGUCUGUAUGUAAUUGCACUGAUUAUGUCUUAGAAGGUGAAUUGAGGCAGGAAGUACUGAAUAUUUAUAAGAGAUGAAAUAGAAAGUAACGUUAAAUGGUCAUAUUGCCCCACAACAUAACAAUUUCUCCUACUCCAGUUGACAAGUGAAGAGGGGUGGAGGGACAGCCACUAUUAGUACAGAUGCUCUAAGACAUAAGUAUAUUUCUUUUGAUGCUUUUAGUUAAUUUGAGUACCAUUCACAAUUAUUGUAUUGUUUUUUAAAUAUCUAAAUGGCCUUGUCCCACCUUAUCUGUCUGACAUGCGCGAAAUAUAUGUGCCUUCAAGAUUCCUAAGGUCCUCAGGCUCAGAUCUCCUGUUUUUUUCCGAAGGUACCAAAGUGCAUGGAGAGCCAGCCUUUGCUUAUUAUGGCCCUAAACUCCAGAACAGUCUAUCUGAGGGUCUUAGGAGGUCUAAACCUGUUGAAACCUUUAAACAAAAUCUUAAUACACACGUUUUUACCAUUGCUUUCGCUUGAAAUUUGUUUUUAUACACUUAGGAUUUUAUUGUGCUUUUUAUUAUUAGUGCUUUUAUUUUUCUUGUUUUUAUUAGGCAAUUUAUUUACAUGUUCUUAUUCCUAACAAAUGUCUUGAUUAUCUUUUAUGUUCAGCACUUUGUGUUGCAGUCUGUGCAUGAAUUAUGCUAUAUAAAUGAACUUUAUUAUUAUUAUUUAUCAUACAGAAAGAAGCAUCCGAUAUCACCAUGUUUAACACCGUUUUUACGCACAGUCAUCUGUGCGUAAACGUGAAGAACAAGAAUAAAUGGAUCUAUGGUGACACAAACUAGCGUUCAUAGUUGCAGUACAUCUUUGGGGGAAACAAAAAACAACCAAAGCAUUUACGAAGAAAUUCAAACAAAUAAUAUCCGAACACUAAAAAGUACGUGAUGUGCCUUCAGCGCUUUUGCCAGGGAAUGAAACGUCCUACGAAAGAAUUCAAAACUCCACCAAAACAAUGUUUACCAACUUAAUAAACUGUGAUUAAAAGUCGCACACUCUUGACUUUAAUCAGAAAAUAACUUCAAAUAUUUUUUUAAAAGUUGCACAAUUGUUUUUCUUGUCGCUGCUGCCCAGGAAAACAUACUCACUGAUGAGGUCAUCGUACUCGCGAUAAUCUAUUGGCUGAAGGAGAGACAGUCGUGUCAUCAACUUCACGUCACUGCAGGCGAAGACACGUUUUGUUAUACGUUCAUCUUUCGUUUAUUCGUUCAGCAAGAAGACGGUUUAUCCUCGUUCAGGCACAUUUCAAGGUGUAAAGAAUCUUCACGAUGGCGCAGAAAAGGGGACAGUUACUCUGGACAGGGUACGUUUCUGUAAUUCUCAUUUCUGCCAUCAUGGACGUGGUAUCUGCAGUCACUCAUUAUUCCGUUCCCGAAGAAAUGGAGGAGGGAUCCGUCGUGGCGAAUUUGGCAAAUGAUCUAGGAUUAGACGUCAAAAACCUGAAAGCAAGAAAAAUGCGCGUGGAUGUUGCAGCCAAUAAGAAAUAUCUUGACAUUAACAAAGACACAGGGGAGCUGUUUAUUUUAGAAAGGAUUGACAGAGAGUUUCUGUGCCCGUCGAAAACAACUAUAUCGUGCUUUCUUAAAUUAGACGCUACGAUUGAAAAUCCAAUACGUAUGUUUAAUAUUGAGGUGGAAAUCAUGGAUAUUAAUGAUAACGCACCUCACUUCCGCAGAGGAACGAUGCAUUUGGAUAUAUCAGAGUCGAGCCCCAUUGGAGACAGAUUUUCACUGAAUAAUGCUGCAGACCCAGAUGUCGGAACAAACUCUGUGAAAAAUUACCAGCUGAGCUCAAGCGAACACUUCUCCAUUGAAAUUCAGACCGGGAGAGAUGGGACAAAGUUCGCAGACUUGAUUCUGAAAAGGGCUUUAGACCGAGAGCAGCAGGCUGUUCAUAAUCUAAUACUGACCGCUGUGGACGGUGGAGUUCCCACGCGCACAGGUACAGCCAGCAUCAUUGUUCGCGUGCUCGAUGUCAACGACAACGCCCCUUCAUUUGACAAAGAAAAGUACGUCGUGGAUGUGAUGGAAAACUCUCCGAUUGGGAGUCUAGUAACUAAACUUAACGCCACUGAUUUAGAUGAAGGGUCCAACUCGGAUAUUGUUUAUUCAUAUAGUUUGUACACAUCAGAGAGAACACAAAAGAUGUUUAACUUGAAUCCUGAAAAUGGCGAAAUCAGAGUGAAAGAGAUGAUCAAUUAUGAAGAUUUAAAACUUUAUGAGAUGGAGGUUAUAGCCAGCGAUAAGGGGCCUAACUCCUUAUCUGGACAGUGUAAACUGACAAUACAGGUGACAGAUAUGAAUGACAACCACCCAGAAAUCUCUAUCAAAUCAUUUCAAAGUCCAAUAAAAGAAAACGAGCCCACAGACACAGUGAUAGCUGUGGUCAGUGUCAGUGAUAAAGACUCAGGUGACAACGGAAUAGUUGAUCUAACUAUCCCUGAAAAUGUACCUUUCAAACUGAGGGAGUCCUCUGACAACUAUUAUGAAUUAGUAGUGUCAGAGCCAUUAGACCGUGAGAAGGUCCCAGAAUAUGACAUCACUUUCACAGUGACUGACAGAGGUUCUCCUCCUUUAUUUGACAAUGAGACUAUGACUUUAGAGCUGCUGGAUGUCAAUGACAAUGUCCCACAGUUCCCCCAGUCAUUUUAUACUAUACGUGUAGCAGAGAAUAACGCACCCGGGGCCUUGCUCAGCUCACUCACUGCGUUUGACCCUGACCUCCAUGAGAACCAGUAUCUAGUUUAUUUCAUCCUGGAGAAGGAGAUAGCAAACACCUCCAUGUCCAUGCUGUUCUCCAUCAAUCCAGAGAAUGGGAAUCUUUACGCACUCAAAACUUUUGACUAUGAGAUAGAGAAGGAGUUUCUUUUCCACAUCGAGGCCAGAGACUCUGGCUCUCCUCCACUCAGCAGCAACGUGACCGUCCACAUCAUUAUUGUGGACCAGAAUGACAACGCUCCUGUUAUUGUGUCUCCGUGGCGUGCGCACGGCUCUGUGGUGGAGGAAAAGAUCCCCAGGUCCACGGAUAAAGGCUCCCUGGUUUCCAAGGUGAUCGCCUUAGACACAGACUCUGUGCACAACUCUCGGAUUACCUACCAGUUUCUACAGGUGACUGACGCCACCUUGUUCAGUCUGGACCAAUACAACGGAGAGAUCCGGACUAUGAGGAUGUUCAGUUACAGAGAUCCACGUCACCAAAGGCUGGUUGUUGUUGCCAAGGACAACGGGGAUCCUGCUCUCUCUGCUACAGUCACCAUCAAGCUGUCCACAGUGGAGACUGCUGUUAAGACCUACUCUGACAUGACUGAGGUGCCUCUGGAAUAUGACAUCUUCUCAGACCUAAACCUGUAUCUGGUCAUCGGUCUGGGCUCUGUGUCAUUCCUCCUGCUCAUCACCAUUUUGGUCACCAUCGUGCUCAAGUGUCAGAAACCCAAGCCCAGCAAAGCGGCUCCUCCCUCCAGGAACAGUGUUAUCAGUGAGAGGAACUCCACCAUCGCAGAUUCCACUCUGGUCUCCAACGAUGCCUACUGGUACAGUCUGUUUCUAGCAGAGACCAGGAAAGGAAAGCUGGUGGUCAGACAGCCUGUUCCAAAGGGCUCCAGAUACAUUGUGUCCAGUAUACCAAGAGGAACAGGACUGACAGACACUAGUGACUCUGCACCUUCCACUCUGCAGGCAUCCACCACCAGCAGCGGCAGUUCCGCGUAAGCAGACCCCUCCCGCAGCGUUCUGGAUCGACGCUGAGAGGAAUAACCUCACAGAGGAACGAAGAAGACCACUAACCUCUCAUGUCUACCCCGCUCCAGUCUGGUCCUUGUUCCUCACAAAAUCAUAGUUGUCAUGCUAUAACACCAAUGGACUAUGUGGCCUAUCAAAAAUAUGACCUAACCCUUCUCUUUCUUUGAGCACAUGAAAAGCCAACAAUGCCUCUCUGUCCAUUCAGCAUGAAAAGACUGCAUGGCUUCAACCACGUGUUUCCAUACAACAUAUUUUCAAGAGGAUGAGGAGACUGAAAAAAAAAAGAAAAAAAAAAGGAAAAGCACCAGUAAAUAUUGAAAGAAGCAAAAAGAAGGACUGUAAAAGUGGACAUGGGAUUGUUUGAAUGCCUUUAAGAGACUUUUUCCCUCUCUAAAAAAUGAACGUGCUGGGUAUUACAUUUUAAACUUUUGUGAUUUGUCUUGCUUCAUAACAGCAUUGAUGUACAAUAUAUAAGUUAAAUAGCACAAUUAACUAAAUGUCAGUAAAGCACCAACCUACAGUUUUAACGGAUAAAAUUGAAGGGAAUCAGUAUUUUAUAAUUGUGGUAGAUUUUAGUAGUUUUACGUUUUGUACUUUACUCUGCUUUAUAAGUGAGCUCGGCUUAAAUAUAUGAAUGAGUGGUGAGACAGAAGUUAACAAGUUGGUAUGGGUGAAGCCUUCAGUCAUGAUGCCUUUUAGUUGUCUUGCAUGAAGUAAAAUCAUUUGGAGGUUUUAGAUAUUUUAACACACUAAGGAUUAUUUUUUUUUUUUAAUUUUUUUAAACAAAUGGUGGAUUACAAUCUAAUGGGGCCACAAUGAAAGAGUACAACAGCACAGUAAUUUCUCACCCUGAAAUCCUGAGAUACUGUCUACAAAUCUGUGAUCUCAUUUCCUUAUUUAGGUGAGAGGAAAACAUCUGCCAAUGAAGAAACUGUACAGUGUACUUGAAUGUUUUGUCCACGUGGACACGACUUGAGAAUGAGUCUUGGAUUUGAACUGAUUAUGAGUGGGUCUUGGUUAAUAGACUGAUCCGUGUCUCCUUGUGAGUACUGUAUAUACACACAGACACUAACAUGUACCUUCACUGCUUUACUUCUACAUCCAGACUCUGGAUGCGUCUUCUGCAAUUGUGUAACGUGUUGAACUGAACAUGAACAUUUAAUGCUCUAACCUAACAAUACUGAAACAAUAUAACUGUUCAUUUGACUCAGUGAAAACUACACAUGUACGUAUGUCAUGUAUAACAGUGACUAUUGUAUGUAUCUGCUUAUGAAACACUUAAGUUAGGACAGAGAUAUAACUCACAUAUACAAUAUAACAUAUGCCUGUUUCUAUAAAAAUGGCUUUUUUUUUAUAGCAGGACUCUUGCAACUUUUCAAUGUGAACCACAUUCCUGUGCCAUCAGAUUUAUGAGCCAACAAGUAUGUGAAACAAAUCAAUCCGAUAUCACAUAAUCAAGCUCUUUAGCACAGCUCAGACUGCAUUACUUGUAAGAAGUUGUGUGAGAAGUGCUUUUGUACAGUGGUACUUUUAUGGUGCAACUUAUCGUAACUUGUGUAAUGUGAGCUAAAUGUACUCUAUGGUUUGGUCUGUAUGAAAUCCAAUAAAUAAAAAACAAUAACGAAAA